AAAACAGUGAAACGCUCCCGCAGAGGUGAGAGCGCAGAUGUCGUGAGAAAAGCGGCCGCACGACCAGAGCGCACCGCCCGACCUCAGCCCGCCUCGCUGCGCCCCGCUCUGGGAUGCUUUUAACGCACAGACUCCUCUGCUCAGCGCAGCCGCUGGACCUCGCCGCCCACCAUCCGCGCACUUUGUGCUUUUCUCCUUAUUUGUUGUCACGGAGGAUCUUUGCCCCCAGCAGCCCCCGUUUUUAAGUGUUUCCGUUUGUUUCUUCAUGACUGCUGCUUUGGGAAGCGAGAAUCAGCUCCAGCAGCGCCAACACCAUGCGAGCCCAAAUCGAAGUUAUACCAUGCAAAAUCUGCGGAGACAAAUCAUCAGGUAUCCACUACGGAGUUAUUACGUGUGAGGGCUGUAAGGGUUUCUUCAGACGGAGUCAGCAGAACAACGCAUCCUACUCCUGCCCCCGACAGAGGAACUGCCUCAUCGACAGAACAAACCGCAACCGCUGCCAACACUGCCGCCUGCAGAAAUGUCUCGCCCUCGGAAUGUCCCGAGACGCGGUAAAGUUCGGCCGCAUGUCCAAGAAGCAGCGCGACAGCCUGUACGCAGAGGUGCAGAAGCACCAGGCGAGACUGCAAGAGCAGCGGCAGCAGCAGACCGGGGAAGCAGAAGCUUUGGCACGUGUUUACUCAUCCAGCCUCACCAAUGGACUGUCUACCCUUAACCACGAGAUUGGAGGUACCUAUGCGAACGGUCACGUCAUUGACCUGCCCAAGAGUGGUCACAGUAAUGGAGGCGCAGUCCCAGGUGGCUACUAUGGCAUGGAUUCCACCCAGCCGUCUCCAGACCAGUCGGGUUUGGACAUGUCAGGCAUGAAGCACAUUAAACAGGAGCCAGUGUACGACCUGACGCCGGUUCCCAACCUGUUCAGCUACGGAGGCUACCAAGACGGUCAGCUGGGACACAACAGUGUCAGCAUGGGGGAGUUAGACCGGAUUGCUCAGAAUAUCAUCAAAUCCCACCUGGAGACGUGCCAAUACACAACAGAGGAGCUGCAGCAAUUAGCCUGGCAGACACACUCCUACGAAGAGGUCAAGAUGUACCAGAGCAAGCCCCGGGACGUGCUAUGGCAGCAGUGCGCCAUCCAGAUCACUCAUGCAAUCCAGUAUGUGGUGGAGUUUGCCAAGCGCAUCUCAGGGUUCAUGGAACUGUGCCAGAAUGACCAGAUCCUGCUCCUCAAAUCGGGUUGUUUGGAGGUGGUGCUGGUGAGGAUGUGCAGGGCGUUUAACCCUCUCAACAACACCGUGCUGUUUGAAGGCAAAUACGGAGGCAUGCAGAUGUUCAAAGCUCUAGGUUGUGAUGACUUAGUGAGCGCCGUCUUUGACUUUGCCAAGAGUCUGUGUUCACUGCAGCUCACCGAGGAGGAGAUUGCUCUGUUCUCAGCAGCUGUUCUUAUUUCCACAGAUCGACCAUGGUUGAUGGAGCCUCGGAAAGUCCAGAAACUCCAAGAGAAGAUCUACUUUGCUCUGCAGCACAUUAUGCAGAAGAACCACAUGGAUGAAGAUGCACUGGCUAAGCUGAUCAGCCGUAUCCCAACGUUGUCAGCUUUGUGUACCCUCCAUACAGAGGAGCUCCAGACCUUUCAGCAGCUCCACCCAGAAACCGUUAACAUCCUCUUCCCUCCACUCUAUAAAGAACUCUUCAACCCUGACCCCAACUCUGCCAUGGCCAUGCCCAAGUGACUGCCUGUGGUUCCACUGCAAAAACCAACACCAGUGGAGGACCAACACAACGUGAAGACCGCCACGUCUGACGACAGCCAACAUAUUGACUGUGUGGCAACCACAUUUUCCACAACACCCCAAACCUCAUUAAAAACUGGGGGAAUGGAGACAUCUGCCAGAAACUUACAGUUACCGCCAACAACACCAGGAAUGUCCAGCACUUAUCCCAUCUGGUUCACCGAUACAGUCUGAAGAAUGUAUAUAAAUGAAAGGCAUCUCCUGAACUGACUGACCAGAAAUGUACAGACUUUAAUAAUCUAGGAACAAUUUUGAGAUGUUGAUCUUUUAAAAAAUGGGUAAGUUAAUUUGUGUUAACUUUCAAGAUAACUUUUUUCUUCUUUUUUUAACAUGAUGAAAUUGUGAAACUGAAGAAGCAGGAUGGGGAGGAAACUGGAUUUAGAAAAGCUACUGUAGAUAUUCUUGCAGUGCAGAGGGGAUUCCAGUAUUACUUCUGUUCAGCUUAGUUAGCUCUAAUUUAACUAUACAGUAGCCCCGUGCGGCUGAUUUUACCUUGUCUAUGUGCUUUAUUUUAUUUGAUAGUUCCUUGUGUACAGAAUUUGUAAAGCUAAGAUUUGUAAAAGAUUACUGGUUAAAACCGGAAGUCAAUUUGGGUUUGUUGAUGUACAGAAGCCUUGUCUGGAUUUUGUUCUUAUGUAAAAAAGGUACAGCAUCCUUCUGAUGAGAGCUUAUUAAAAUGUAAAGAGAGCAUAUGAAGGAUUUACAAAGAAAAUAAUGGCUACUACUUUUCAACGUGAAGAUAUAUACAUAAAUAUUCUAUUUUGCAAGGAAAAUAAUCUGGCAGAUUUGAUGUCCUAUCAAUCAUUUGUCUAUAGUCCUGCCCUACAAAAAGAUGGACUGUUUUCGAACAGUCAGCCAUAAAGCAACAAAUCAGAAACUAGCAGAAACUCACAAUAAACCUCACCUCUUCCCAACGCCUGCACCCUAUUUUUAUAUGCUGUUUUAGGGCCUUGAUGUGGGAUUUACAGUAGAUAGAAAAAAAUUCAACAAUUUAA